AUGACUAGGGAUUUUGGUCGAGACAUGGCUGCGGUGCUCUCGUCAGACUCUGAACAAAAGACUAACAAAAUUCAAAAGAAAAUUUCAUCCAAGUGGAACCGUCAAGCAUUCAAGCAUUCAAGCUCAAAAAUUACUUGGUUUUCGGGAUCAGUUAUCGUUGUUGCAACAUCAAUACUUAUAUCUUCUCAAGUUUAUCAUCUAUUCCUCAAAAAGUUGGCCCAAUUGGUUAUUGGCAUUCUUUCUCCACCAGUAUCUCUAGGAACAAGCUCAGCUUGCAUCUCUUAUGGCCCAGAUUUGGGAAAACGUCGAGGCUUCCUAUGUCCAAGGAUUGCCAUUGAGAACAUUAUCUUCACCCUUCUCUUUGGUGAAAGCAUGGUGGCAGAGACAAAGUAUCCUUGGGGAUCCCUGGAUUUUAGAUCGGCGGUGAUGGAGGUUGUCAAAUCAGAAAGAUAUCCUGUAGCUAAAUUGCGAACCAGUUUCAUGCUCCCUAAAGGAGCUUCCGGCAAGUCCGUGAUGUACCAUUUUUAG